UGAAAGGCUGUCUUAAAGGUUGGAGAGAAAUCCCGGUACUCAGUGGAUGUACUUGCUGCCGCCAUGGGGGAGCUUUUCCGGAGUGAGGAGAUGACGCUGGCCCAGCUUUUCCUACAGUCAGAAGCUGCUUAUUGUUGUGUCAGCGAAUUAGGAGAACUCGGAAAGGUUCAGUUUCGUGAUUUAAAUCCAGAUGUGAAUGUUUUCCAGCGGAAAUUUGUGAAUGAAGUUAGAAGAUGUGAAGAAAUGGAUCGAAAGCUUCGAUUUGUUGAGAAAGAGAUAAGAAAAGCUAAUAUCCCAAUCAUGGACACUGGCGAAAAUCCAGAGGUGCCCUUCCCCCGGGACAUGAUUGACUUAGAGGCUAAUUUUGAGAAGAUUGAAAAUGAACUGAAGGAAAUCAACACCAACCAGGAAGCUCUGAAGAGAAACUUCCUGGAACUGACUGAAUUAAAAUUUAUACUUCGCAAAACUCAGCAGUUUUUCGAUGAGGCUGAAUUGCAUCAUCAGCAGAUGGCGGAUCCAGACCUGUUGGAAGAGUCCUCAUCCCUCUUGGAGCCAAGUGAGAUAGGAAGAGGCACACCUUUAAGACUCGGCUUCGUGGCUGGUGUGAUUAACCGGGAGCGCAUCCCUACUUUUGAGCGCAUGCUUUGGCGGGUGUGCCGGGGGAAUGUGUUCCUGCGACAGGCUGAAAUCGAGAACCCCCUGGAGGAUCCUGUGACUGGCGACUACGUGCACAAGUCUGUGUUCAUCAUUUUCUUCCAAGGAGAUCAGCUGAAAAACAGAGUCAAGAAAAUCUGUGAAGGGUUCCGGGCCUCUCUCUAUCCCUGCCCUGAGACACCCCAGGAGAGGAAGGAAAUGGCUUCUGGAGUUAAUACCAGGAUUGAGGAUCUGCAAAUGGUUUUGAAUCAAACGGAGGAUCACCGCCAGAGGGUUCUGCAGGCAGCUGCUAAGAACAUCCGUGUCUGGUUCAUCAAAGUGCGGAAGAUGAAGGCCAUCUACCACACUCUGAACAUGUGCAACAUAGACGUGACCCAGAAGUGUCUGAUUGCAGAGGUCUGGUGCCCUGUCACUGAACUUGACUCCAUCCAGUUUGCACUCAGAAGGGGCACGGAGCACAGUGGGUCCACCGUGCCCUCCAUUUUGAACAGGAUGCAGACAAACCAGACUCCCCCAACCUAUAACAAAACGAACAAGUUCACAUAUGGCUUUCAGAACAUAGUAGAUGCUUAUGGAAUUGGAACUUACCGAGAGAUAAAUCCAGCUCCAUAUACCAUCAUCACUUUCCCUUUCCUAUUUGCUGUGAUGUUUGGGGACUUUGGCCAUGGCAUUUUGAUGACCCUGUUUGCUGUAUGGAUGGUGUUAAGGGAGAGCCGGAUCCUCUCCCAGAAGAAUGAGAAUGAGAUGUUUAGCACUGUGUUCAGCGGACGGUACAUUAUUCUGUUGAUGGGUGUAUUCUCCAUCUACACUGGCCUCAUCUACAACGAUUGCUUUUCCAAGUCUCUCAAUAUCUUUGGAUCAUCCUGGAGCGUACGGCCAAUGUUCAUGUCUAAUUGGACGGAGGAAACGCUUCGGGGGAACCCUGUGCUCCAGUUGGACCCAGCUGUCCCUGGAGUUUUUGGUGGACCAUACCCUUUUGGCAUCGAUCCAAUUUGGAACAUUGCUACUAAUAAACUGACCUUCCUCAACUCCUUUAAGAUGAAGAUGUCCGUUAUCCUUGGUAUCAUCCACAUGAUGUUUGGAGUCGGUCUGAGCCUUUUCAACCAUAUCUAUUUCAAGAAGCCCCUGAAUAUCUACUUUGGGUUUAUUCCUGAAAUAAUCUUCAUGACCUCUUUGUUUGGCUACUUGGUUAUCCUUAUUUUUUACAAGUGGACGGCUUAUGACGCUUUUACAUCUGAGAAAGCACCAAGCCUUCUGAUCCAUUUCAUAAACAUGUUCGUCUUUAACUACGAGGACAUUCAUAAUUCAAUGCUAUAUUCUGGGCAGAAAGGAGUUCAGUGUUUCCUAGUUGUGGUCGCAUUGCUGUGUGUACCAUGGAUGCUACUGUUUAAACCGCUGGUCCUUCGCCAUCAGUAUUUGAGGAGGAAGCAUUUGGGAACUGUCAACUUUGGUGGGAUCAGGGUGGGCAACGGACCGACAGAGGAGGAUGCUGAGAUUAUUCAGCAUGACCAGCUCUCCACCCAUUCAGAAGAUGCAGAAGAGUUUGACUUUGGAGACACGAUGGUGCACCAGGCCAUCCACACCAUCGAGUACUGCCUGGGCUGCAUCUCCAACACCGCCUCGUACCUGCGGCUCUGGGCCCUCAGCCUCGCCCACGCACAGCUGUCGGAGGUGCUGUGGACCAUGGUGAUCCACAUGGGCCUGAAGGUGAAGAGCUUGGCAGGAAGUCUGGCGCUGUUCUUCAUCUUCAUCGCCUUUGCCACCCUGACCGUGGCCAUCCUCCUGAUCAUGGAGGGCCUCUCGGCCUUCCUCCACGCACUGCGGUUACACUGGGUCGAGUUCCAGAAUAAAUUCUACAGCGGGACCGGUUUCAAGUUCCUACCCUUCUCCUUCGAGCACAUCCUGGAAGGGAAGUUAGACGAGUGAGCCCGAUGGGGACGUGUGCCCACUGCCCUCCCCCUCCCACUCCGUGGUGAUAGCUGUGCUCCUCUCGCGUGUUGGUUGUGAUCCCUGGAUUCGGGGGCGUUUGUGUCAUCCUUGCCACCCUCCCCCAGCUGCUUGUGAGAUCCGGCCCUCCCUUGGGUCUCCUGCCUCCUCAGCUGUGCAUAUUGCAGUGUAGUGAUCUAGAGAAGCUGGACUCUGGCUGUCACUCACACCACUGGGCACCAGCCUGCCCUCCAUCUCCUCCGAGCCAGACCCUCCUCUCUGUCACCUGGUGGUGACUGUGUGCAUUUCCAUAUGAGCCCAACGCCCAGGAGCACCUUCGCCAUCCACACCCGGAUUCUGAGUUUCUGCUCCUGCCAUUCUAGUUACUGGUUGCGGUGGGGGUGCUCUUGGCACCCUUCCCUGGGGUUAGUAGGAGCAGAUCCAGGAAGAUGGUACUUAUCUCCUCUGCCUCCCACCUCCGGUCUUCAGAGCAAAGACAUUUGUUAAUCAGGAAUCCAGCUGGGCCACACUGUGCAUGGCUUCUUGUCACCCCCAAGGGUCCCAGGGCACCCAACACCACCUCCCUAACCUCCACUCUAUACUCAGACCUCUCCUCCUCCCUCCCAGAAUCCCCUUCUUCUGCUCCCUCAUUUGCAUCCUGCAUGAUAGCACAGCUGGGAGAGACCCAAAACAGAGGGCCUGGCUAGCUGCUUCUCAGCCCAUUCGAGGGCCCUGGCACUGACACGUCCUCUGGGCAGAGGGUUUAAAUUGAUGCUCUUCCUGGUGCAGACCAGGACCUUCCCCUACCCCCAAAUCAUGACUCUUGAGUGAAGGACGGUGAUCGUCAAGGCUGGUUCUCUGGCAGGCCAGCCUUGCUCUGCCACUAGUGCCCCUCCCACUUCCACAGUGAGCCCAAGUGCGGGGAGUGAGGUCCUGGGCAGGGAGGGUCACUGUCAUUUACCGUUUGCUGAUGGGAGGCGACUGGCAGGGCUGCCAGGCAUGUGGUUGUGAGAGCUGCACAGCCCUGCCUGUGAGCUGAUGACGGCACCCCCGAGGGGCCGGCUCCGCUGUCACCCCCACACCAGCUGUGAUCUUCGGGCCUUUUAAGCAUGUGUUGACGCAGCAGCCCUGGCUGCUUCAGCUAAAUUGAUCCCGUCACUUUCAGUGGCCGAGAUAAUCCCCUGAAUUGGCCAGGCCCUUGCCCUCUUCCUCCCUGACUUUCCUGAGGGAGCUACUUAGAGCUGCUCACUCAACCCUCCCAAGCGCGGCUGGCCUGGGUGUGGCCACCUGCCCCAGCCGCCCCAGGCGCACCAUGUGCUGGCCAGUGUGACCUGACCCAGACCUUGUGCAGAGCCCCUCCCCUGUGGUCCCCAUGGUUUACAUGAUGUGAUGAUCUUCGUUCUGUUGACAGCAGGGCUUGAAGUAGAGUUCUCUGUGUAAGGAACCCUGCCCAAGGCCCUUCUGUUCAGACAUUCCUGUGCUGAAUAAAGUGUGUUUGAGUCUA